ACCUCUUCUUAGUCUAAUAUCGACACCAUUCAUUAUUUCCCUUUGCUUGUAAAAUUCCAAAACCUCAUAAGAAAACAUAAGAAAAUGAAACUAAUCAGCAUUUCAUUUUUGUCCAAGCUUUUGAUACUUCAAUAUUUAUCAAUUCAAUGUCUUUCUGAUGAUUUUGAUUUCUUCUAUUUUGUUCAGCAGUGGCCAGGAGCAUACUGUGACACAAAACAGAGUUGCUGUUAUCCGAAAACAGGAAAACCGACGGCUGAUUUCGGUAUUCAUGGACUCUGGCCUAACUACAAUGAUGGAUCAUGGCCUUCAAACUGUGAUCCUGAUAGUACCUUUGAUAAAUCCCAGAUCUCAGACCUAAUUAAGAACAUGGAGAAGAAUUGGCCAUCUUUGAGCUGUCCAAGUAGCAAUGGUUUUAGAUUUUGGUCACAUGAAUGGGAGAAACAUGGUACAUGUGCAGAAUCUGAGCUUGAUCAACAUGAGUAUUUUGAAACAGCUCUUAAAUUGAAGGAGAAAGUGAACCUUCUUCAGAUUCUCAAGAAUGCAGGGAUUGAACCAAAUGAUGAAUUUUACAGCAUAGACAAUAUUUCAGAGGCUAUAAAAGAGGCUACAGGGUUUACUCCAGGAAUAGAAUGUAAUAGAGAUUCAGCACGUAACAGUCAACUUUAUCAAGUUUACAUGUGUGUUGACACUUCUGGAUCAAAUUUCAUUGAGUGCCCUCUGUUACCAAAGAGUAGAUGUGGUGACCAAAUACAAUUUCCCAAAUUUUAAGAGAAUUUAUUUUGUUAAGCAAAACUUAAUUGGUUUAAUUUGUAUUUUGAUUUUCUAGUCACCAUUGUAUUUCUAAUUCUAAACUAUCAUCAUAUCCAUGCAUUAUUGAGAUUUGAGAAUGCAUCUUCAAUAAAGUGAUGUGAAAUGAGAAAAUUCCAUUCUCAUCUUAUCUUAUGUUUUAAA